UAUUUGCAUCAUCACUGUUUGUGUAAAUCUCAAGAUCAGAUCCUCAUCUACCACCAUUCCAGGUGUAGCCAUCAAAACAACGUUUGUUUAACAAAACCCAUUAUCAGAUCAGAUCCGAUCAGAUCCUCUUCAGAUUCGGAUCACCGCCGAGUCCAUGAGCACGCCAGCGCUUUCAGGGGGCACGGGCCUCUUCUCUGGAUUCACGCGUUUAUGCAAGGGCCUUGCGGUGGUGCUUGUUUGCGGUCACAUUGCGGUUCAGUUUAUCCCUUCAGCUGUUAACUAUCUUGCUCUUAUUCCCGCCAGGACAAUCCCAUUUGCCUGGAAUCUCAUUACAGCUGGAUAUGUUGAACAAUCUAUAUAUGGGGUAGUGGUCAGCACAUUAAGUCUCCUGUUUAUUGGGAAGCUGCUUGAACCAAUAUGGGGCUCCAGGGAAUUCUUUAAAUUUAUCUUUGUGGUUAAUCUUCUAACUUCAGUAUGUUUAUUCAUCACUGCUAUUGCCUUAUACUACAUUACAAGGCUGGAGACUUACCUUUACAUGCCACUUUCUGGAUUUCAUGGAGUUGUAUCUGGUUUCUUGGUUGGCAUUAAGCAAAUUAUACCAGAUCAAGAGCUUCCUUUCAUUAAGAUAAAAACAAAGUGGUUGCCAUCUAUCACUGUAUUGCUUUCCAUUGCUAUUAGCUUCUGGACACUAGAGGCUACAGCAUAUCUUCCAACCAUUAUAUCUGGCACGUAUAUAAGCUGGAUUUAUCUUAGAUACUGGCAGAGGAAACCAGAAACUAAACAUAGAGGUGAUCUGAGUGAAGAUUUUGCUUUCUCCACAUUUUUCCCAGAAUUUUUAAGACCAGUCAUAGACCCUAUCGCUUCAAUAUUUCAUCGAAUGCUCUGUGGAAGAUAUGAUGCUUCUAAUGAUGGUCAAGGCAACAGUCUGGAAAGUGAGCCUUUACCAGGUUCGGACUCAAUUGAGGCAUCCAGGAGACGAGAAAGAGGUGCUCGAGCACUGGAAGAACGAUUGGCUGCAGAGAGGUUGGCUGUUGCACGACGUGAGUUGCAAAGAGAGGCUGAGGAAAAUGUAUAAUUCCCCAGCGUUUGUAAAUUUUGGAUCAGUUCAGGCAAUAUGCACCUAUUAGGAGUGAUAUUUUCAGAGGUCGUACAGUAAUUAGAAAUUUUUUGUUUAGGUCAAGGAAAAUUUUAAUGUGGUUUUGCCAUGGACUAUGAUCUUUACAAAACCGAAGGUUUCUCUUUCUUUUGUCAGAUAAAUAUAUUUGACUUUCUUGUGUACUUUACACAAAUACAUAGAAUCUAAAGAGUUUUUCAGUUGUUGUCUCCCAUAUAAAGACAAACUUUAUAAUGCAACUGCAUGGAUGAGGGAAUUAGAAUGUCAUUAGAUGUCCAUGCAAGUUCUUGAGCUUGAAGAGAUAGCAGCCCCAACGUUUUGAAUA